AGGUCCCCUGGCAAGAGCCCCACCCCCAUCCUCCGUCAAGAACCCCUGGAGCCCAAAGGAGGCGCUCAGCCCCUCCCCUCCCCUCCUAGGAAACAGUGCAUUGAGUUGGAGCAACAGUUUGAUUUCCUGAAGGACCUGGUGGCCACCGUGCCGGACAUGCAGGGAGACGGAGAAGACAAUCACCUGGAUGGCGAGAAAGGGGCGCGCAGGGGCCGGAAGCCUGGGAGCAGCCGGAAAAAUGGUGGUGCCGGAGGAAAAGGGAAAGACAAAAAGCAGUCCGGCACAGACUCGGAGCAGGAGGAUGAUUCUGAGGACACAGAGACAGACGGGGAGGAGGAGAUGCCCCAGCCCCCAGCCCAACCCAGCCGGCCCCCGGCCCCAUUCCAGAGCCCCCCGGCCCCUUUCCUCCCCUUUUCCUCCACCCUGCCUCUCCCUCCGGCCCCCCCUGGCCCCACAGCUGUUGAAGAAGAGGAAGAUUAUGAUUCAUAGGGCCACCCCCGGCCGUCUCACCUCCUCCUCCCACCCUCCACCCUCAUUUAGUCCAUUUUAGGGGCUGAGGGGGAGGUGGGGGGGAGGGG